UGCGUCACACUGCGCUUGCGCCUUGCUUCCGGGUCAGAAGCCGGACGGUCGGAAGCUGCGCGGGCUAUGGUACACCUCCGGCCGCGCGCGUCCCGCAUCCCGGCCUCGGCGAUGGUAGACGAGGGCCAGCCCCCCUCCGAAGAGGAGGAGGAGGCGGAGCACGGCCUGUUGCUCGGGCAGCCCAGCAGCGGCGCGGCCGCGGAGCCGCUGGAGGAAGACGACGAGGAAGGGGACGACGAGUUGGACGACGAGGCCCCGGAGGAGCUGACGUUCGCCAGCGCCCAGGCGGAAGCACGAGAAGAGGAGCGGCGGGUUCGGGAGUCGGUGCGCAGGGAUAAAACGCUCCUGAAGGAGAAGAGGAAGCGCCGCGAGGAGCUGUUCAUUGAACAGAAGAAAAGAAAACUCCUUCCAGAUAACAUUCUAGAGAAGUUAACUACAGCUGGACCGACCAACAUAAAGAAACCAUCAGGAAAGCUGAAAGAAGCUAAUUUGCAGAAGAAAAAGGAAGAAUAUGAAAAAGGCAGUGAUUCUAAGAACGCUAAAGAGAAAGUACAAAAAGUACAGUCUGUUGGCCAGAAUAAAAGCUACGUGGCUCUAAGGCUCAAAGAUCAAGAUCUAAGAGACGCGCGGCAGCAAGCGGCGAAGGCCUUCAUACAGAAUUCUUUGUAUGGUCCGGGAACCAACAGAACUACUAUAAAUAAGUUCCUGUCUCUUGAAAAUAAGAGGUUACCAGUGAAAAAGGCUGCAGCUCAGUUUCUGAAUAAUGCUUGGGGAACCCAGAAAAAACAAAAUGCAAAGAGGUUUAAAAGACGGUGGAUGGUCAGGAAGAUGAAAACUUCUCAGAAGUAAAGCUAACUGAAGAACGAGAACUUGUAUGUACUUGUAUGUAUAGUAUUUGGUUAUGUGGUUUAGAGAAUUAGUUUUUCUGACAAUCUAAUAAAUCAUUUAUAAAUCGUUUUGAAAGGUCAUUGCAAAAAUCCUAGAUCUUUGGGGGAGGCCCCUCCAGCACAUUUCAUCCUUCUGGAGCCUUGUUUUUGAGGAUUACACUGGAAGGAAAAGCAACUUCAAAGGAAUUGUUUUCCUUUUUAUGAGUGUUUAUGCAUUUAACUGAAAAAGUGGGUCUUCCCCGCAGUGCUGGGUGCGCAGCAGGAGUGGCGGAGGUAGAGGAGACAUGGACAGCUGGGGGUUCCCAGCUGCGGCUCUCAGAUGUCUUCGCCUUGCAGGGGUUUUGGUGAGAAUUUGUUU